AAACAUUUUUUUUUCUAAAUUUCUGAUAAAAACAGUGGAAAAUAUUUUACUGUGUAAUAAAAUAAAAACCAAACCAUUUUUUUUCUUGAUGACCAUAAGAAAACAAUGACGAAAAAAUUGUAAUAGAAAUAAAAAAAAUAUCUUAAAUUUUUUCUGUUUAUUUAAAAUAAAUGAAAAAUUUUUGAAAUUCUAAAUGUCAUCGAAGACAAAACCUCUGCAACCAUUGCAGGCAAGACCUUCGUCGCCUAGAAAAUUUUUUGCAAGACUCUAUGGACAUUUAGAAACAAAUAAUGAAAAGGAAAAAAAAGAUGUGAUAAAAUCACCAUCGUCAGGUGAAAAAUCAUCAAAUGAAGAAUCACACGAUGAAAUUGAUCAUCAUUGUCAUGAGGAAGUGAGAGAUAUUCAUUCAAAUAAUACAUUAAUAUGUAAACCAAAAGUCACUUGGUCAAAGUUAACAUCACAUGAAGAUGAACGAAGAAAUGAGAGAGAUUUAAAUUUACCACCAUUACUGGGUUUACCAUUUUUUUCACAAGAAUAUCUUCCUGGUAGUAGUUCAACAAAUUCUUUGAGUUUAGCGCAACAAAAUUUUCAUAGUUUACCAGUUCAUGGACAACAUCAAUUACAUGGAUUUUCUGCCUUUCUUGCAAGGAGAAGAAGAAAAGAAGGAAGACCCAGACGACAGAGGACAACAUUUAGUGGUGAACAAACAUUACAUCUUGAAGUUGAAUAUCGUCGAUCGGAAUAUAUUUCUCGUGGUCGACGUUUUGAACUUGCUGAAAAUUUAAGACUUACCGAAACACAAAUAAAAAUCUGGUUUCAAAAUCGACGAGCCAAAGAUAAGAGGAUAGAGAAAGCACACAUUGAUCAACAGUAUCGAAAUUUUGCAUUAACCACUGGUUUGAUAAAUUUUCCAAUCUGUGGAAAUGGCAAUCUUUGUUUAUUUAAGGAUAAUUCUAGAAAUAUUACAACUCAUACAUGCAAUCCUGUAAAUUAUGGAAAUAAUUUAACGUCUGUCAAAUAUUCUCAUCACAGUAGUAGUGGAAGUGAAACUUCAGAAAAUCCAUCAAACGUCGUGUAAGAAAUGAAAAUUUUUUUUUAAACCCAUUAUUUUAAAUUUAAUUUCAUCAAACGUUAAAUCAUUUUAAAAAUUGAAAUUCAUAUUUUCAUAUAGUAAAAAUAGUUUCGAUAUUUAUGUAUAACUUUGUAUAGAAAAUGUAAACUAAAAUCUUUAAUGUUAUUUAAUAUUUUUUAUGAAUUGAUUCUAGUCUUAUUUUUUAUAACAA